ACCUCUUUUAUACACCCAAGCAGCGCAGACCGGUCGGCACUUGGAAUAAACAUCGUCGCGAUAUCACUGCCCCUCUGUCCAUCUUUAUUAUUAGCGCUUCGCUCCGCCCUCCUACCUGUAAAUCUCCCCGCUCUCCUCUGGAGCGGAUCUGACAGGCGCUCUCAGCUGGCCGCUCCGUGCCAGGGCUGCAGGGGAUCGAAUGGAGACGGUGACAUCCACCCGAGCGCUCGUCCUUUUUACGCAGAAUUGACAGCGAAAAACAUCCGCAAGAUUAUGUAGUCUUUACGCGCCGCGGAGGCAGCGAAACCAAGUGUAAUAUUAAGUGUGUGUCUUUGUGGUUUUGUUGCACAGUCGCUUUGAGAAAGUGAAAUCGAUCGAUCGAAUUCUCCGCCUGCUAAUCGACAGGAUCCCUGAAUGGAAGACGGCUAGAGGAGGUCGCCUCGCCGAGAACAGGCUGCUUACAUUUCUCACUGUCGCUGUUUACCACCACCAAAGGAACCACUGGCAGCCUCGACGGCUGCAGACGACGCCGUCUUCACCAUGGCUUUCGGUGUGGAAGAGCCAGAGAGCCCCUCAGACUGAGACGCGCUGAAGAUUCGUCAAUAUUGCGGAUUUAAAUGCCUCUCACCAAGGGCCACCGACCCGCUGUUUUAGUCAGGUUCGCGUGUGCGGUGCCUCACGCUGUCACGAAUAAACAAUUCAUUGGCUGCUAAAACACAGAAAAAGAGACUCCAUCGGGUGGGUGAACAUAAUCUACAGCGAAGAGGGGGAUUUUUUUUUUCCAAGCAAUAUGGCUGGUGAGUGGGGCUGGGGACGCUGGCACAGGCUCUCCAAGGCUCCUAAAUGCUAGCUGAGGCAGAUGGCACCGUUCCCCAUGGCAGCGACAGCUCUAUGAGGACAAGUAAUAUCAUUAAUAAUAUAAAUCCGGACUCUUCAAUCGUGAUAUCCAAGAUGGAAGACGUUGUCAUCCCGUUCUCGUCCGAGGUGCCCUGCGACAAUAAUGGACAGCGCAUGUGGUGGGCAUUCCUCGCCUCUUCCAUGGUGACGUUUUUUGGGGGUCUCUUCAUCAUCCUGUUGUGGAGGACCCUCAAAUAUCUGUGGACUGUUUGCUGCCACUGCAACAUCAAAUCCAAGGAGGCCCAGAAGGUGAUCAAUCCCGCAAACAAUCAGGCAGCAGACAGACCGAAGGGUGAUGAGAAGGAGGAGGCCCCAGUCAGCGAGGUGGGAUGGAUGACUUCCGUCAAAGACUGGGCUGGCGUUAUGAUCUCUGCUCAGACACUCACUGGCAGAGUUCUGGUGGUGUUGGUCUUUGCGCUCAGCAUCGGGGCCCUUGGGAUAUACUUUAUAGACUCCUCAGAUCCUAUAGAAUCCUGCCAGAACUUCUACAAAGAUUUCACGUUACAGAUCGAUAUGGCAUUCAACGUUUUCUUCCUCCUUUACUUUGGCUUGCGGUUUAUAGCAGCCAAUGAUAAACUGUGGUUCUGGCUGGAGGUCAACUCAGUGGUCGACUUCUUUACUGUUCCUCCCGUGUUUGUUUCUGUCUACUUGAACAGAAGCUGGCUCGGCUUAAGAUUUCUGAGAGCACUAAGAUUGAUACAGUUUUCAGAAAUUCUGCAGUUUUUGAAUAUCUUGAAAACAAGUAACUCCAUUAAGCUGGUGAACCUAUGUUCCAUCUUCAUAAGCACAUGGCUCACAGCGGCUGGAUUCAUACAUCUGGUGGAAAACUCAGGGGAUCCUUGGGAAAACUUCCAGAACUCCCAGUCGCUUUCCUACUGGGAAUGUGUCUAUUUACUGAUGGUGACAAUGUCUACAGUGGGCUAUGGGGAUGUCUAUGCAAAAACCACCUUGGGGCGUCUGUUUAUGGUCUUCUUCAUCCUGGGUGGUUUGGCCAUGUUUGCCAGCUACGUCCCUGAAAUCAUAGAGUUAAUAGGAAACCGAAAGAAAUAUGGUGGUUCCUAUAGUGCGGUUAAUGGGAGAAAGCAUAUUGUGGUCUGUGGUCAUAUUACCCUCGAAAGUGUCUCCAACUUCCUCAAAGACUUCCUACACAAGGACAGGGAUGAUGUCAAUGUAGAAAUUGUUUUUCUCCAUAAUAUUUCCCCUAAUCUUGAGCUGGAAGCCUUGUUCAAACGACAUUUUACCCAAGUAGAGUUCUACCAGGGAUCUGUGCUUAACCCUCACGAUCUGGCCAGAGUGAAGAUCGAGUCAGCAGAUGCCUGCUUAAUCCUAGCCAAUAAAUACUGUGCAGAUCCUGAUGCUGAAGAUGCCUCCAACAUCAUGAGGGUCAUUUCGAUCAAGAACUAUCAUCCCAAGAUCAGAAUAAUCACGCAGAUGCUGCAGUAUCACAAUAAGGCCCAUCUGCUGAACAUUCCAAGCUGGAACUGGAAGGAGGGUGACGAUGCUAUCUGCCUGGCGGAGCUGAAGGCAGGCUUCAUUGCCCAGAGCUGUCUGGCCCAGGGCCUGUCCACCAUGCUAGCCAACCUCUUCUCUAUGAGGUCCUUCAUUGAGAUUGAGGAGGACACAUGGCAGAAGUAUUACCUAGAAGGGGUGGCUAAUGAGAUGUACACAGAGUAUUUGUCCAGUGCCUUUGUCGGCCUCUCCUUCCCCACUGUCUGCGAGCUGUGUUACGUGAAGCUGAAGCUGUUGCUCAUUGCCAUCGAAUACAAGUCUGAGCAGAGAGAGAGCAGAAGCCGAAAGCGCAUCCUCAUCAACCCGGGCAACCAUGUCAAGAUGCAGGAGGGAACACUGGGGUUCUUUAUCGCCAGUGACGCCAAAGAAGUAAAGAGAGCAUUUUUCUACUGCAAAGCUUGUCAUGAUGACAUCACAGACCCUAAGCGGAUCAAGAAGUGUGGCUGCAAACGACUGAUUUAUUCCAAGAUGUCCGUCUACAAACGAAUGAAACUGGCAUGUUGUUUUGAUUGCGGCCGUUCAGAGCAAGACUGCUCUUGCAUGUCAGGCAGUGUACAUAGUAACAUGGACACCCUUCAGAGGGCCUACCCACUUUCCUCUGUCUCUGUUCAUGAUUGCGCAACCACUUUACGUGCCUCCAAAUAUAAGUAUAAUGGAUAUGUCAGAUCACCAGCAGAUGGCGCUACAACACCAGGGAACAGUGGGAGUCAGAAAGAGGCUGGCGUUCGAUUCAAAGCUGAUUGCAAUUUAGUCGAAGACGAGCAUCCGUCAACUCUCUCGCCCAAAAAAAAGCAGCGCAACGGAGGGAUGCGAAACUCACCCAACUGCUCGCCCAAAAUGAUGAGUCGACACGACCCCCUUCUAAUUCCUGGAAAUGAACAAAUCGAGAGCAUGGACAUGAACGUGAAGAGGUAUGACUCGACAGGGAUGUUUCACUGGUGCCCAUCAAAGGACAUCGAGAAAGUCAUCCUGACCCGGAGUGAAGCCUCCAUGACAGUACUGAGCGGCCAUGUGGUGGUCUGUAUAUUUGGGGAUGUCACGUCCGCUUUAGUGGGGCUGCGAAACUUGGUGAUGCCUUUAAGAGCCAGCAACUUCCAUUACCACGAGCUAAAGCCUAUAGUAUUUGUGGGCUCGCUGGACUACCUGCGAAGAGAGUGGGAGACUCUACACAACUUCCCCAAGGUCUCCAUCUUACCGGGUACGCCAUUAAGUCGGGCAGAUUUAAGGGCUGUCAACAUCAACCUCUGCGACAUGUGCGUAAUACUGUCAGCCAAUCAGAACAAUAUCGAAGAUGCCUCGCUACAGGAUAAGGAAUGCAUCUUGGCAUCACUCAACAUCAAAUCUAUGCAGUUUGAUGACAGCAUCGGGGUCUUACAGGCUAAUUCCCAAGGUUUCACGCCUCCUGGAAUGGACAGGUCAUCUCCAGACAGCAGUCCAGUACAUGGCUUUGUGCGUCAGGCUUCUGUCACCACCGGAUCCAACAUCCCCAUCAUCACAGAACUCGCUAAACCUGGCAAACUACUGCCAUUGGUUUCACUCAGUCAGGAAAAAAAAAGUGGAACCAACAUACAAAUGAUAACAGAGCUGGUGAACGACUCAAACGUUCAGUUCCUGGACCAAGAUGAUGAUGACGACCCAGACACAGAGCUGUACCUCACUCAGCCAUUCGCCUGCGGCACCGCCUUCGCUGUCAGUGUACUCGACUCCCUGAUGAGCGCGACAUACUUCAAUGAUAACAUCCUCACACUGAUUCGGACGCUGGUCACAGGGGGAGCCACACCAGAGCUGGAGGCCCUGCUGGCUGAAGAGAACGCCCUCAGAGGAGGCUACAGCACACCGCAGACACUGGCCAACAGAGACAGGUGUCGUGUCGCCCAGCUCGCCCUCUACGAUGGGCCAUUUGCCGACUUGGGGGAUGGCGGCUGCUACGGGGAUUUAUUCUGUAAAGCACUGAAGACGUACAACAUGCUGUGUUUUGGAAUCUACAGAUUAAGAGACGCUCACCUCAAUGCACCGAGCCCCUGUACAAAACGGUAUGUGAUCACGAACCCACCGUACGAGUUUGAGCUCGUGCCCACAGACCUGAUCUUCUGCCUCAUGCAGUUUGACCACAACGCGGGCCAGUCCCGGACAAGCUUGUCCCACUCUUCCCACUCCUCCCAUUCCUCCAGCAAAAAGAGCUCCUCCGUCCACUCCAUCCCGCCCUCCAACCGGCAGAACCGCAGCAGUAAGACCCGGGAGGCCCGCGACAAACAGAAUGCAACAAGGAUGAAUAGAAUGGGCCAAGAAAAGAAAUGGUUUACAGAUGAACCAGAAAAUGCCUACCCACGGAACAUUCAGAUCAAGCCCAUGAGCACUCACAUGGCCAACCAAGUCAACCAAUACAAAUCCACUAGUAGUCUGAUUCCACCAAUCAGAGAAGUUGAAGAUGAAUGCUGAACACAGGGUUUUCUUGCUGACUCACCAGACAUCUGUACGCUCUUUCAAAAGAGAUGGGAGAUCACCCAUGGAGGAUUGAUGAUGAUGAUGAUGAUGAUGAUGCUGAUGACGACAGGGAUGUUGAACACUGACACAUUUCUCUUCACUCAUUCUUCUAAUCAAGGGUUGGACAGAAACCCAAACUGGAAGGGACCUCCUAUGUGUAUACCUUUAAUGUUACUUCCAUGCUCUUGGACAUUGUUUUAUUUAUUAAUGUAUCCAUAGUGAUGUACAUAAUGACAAUCAAAUAAGGAUUGUACAGCCCCUUCCCCCUAGCACUUUUUGGAAUUAUUUUAAGAGUCGACAAAAAAAAGAGGAAAAAAAAAAGAGUACUUCCUGUAAUUCUUUGCAAUAGUUCACCUCUUCGUGUGACCAGACUCCAUGCUAAGGUGACUGGUUAUUGGAGGAUGAGGGUUGCAGCGAUAAACUGAUCAUAUCAUCUCCCAAAGAUCCGCCCAGAUGCGUCACGUCAAACCAGCUGGGUCCAUCAACUUCAUAUCUCCUGUCUGCUUCUGUUCUAUUUGCACUAAAACUGAACAAGUUUCUUUUGACAGAACAACUGGAACCAUCUGAUUCCCCCCAAUAAAUGUCACUGAGGAGAGGAAGGAAGGAAGGAAGGAAGGAAGGAAGGAAGGAAGAGGGAGGAAGGGAAGCUUGGCUUUGGAGGCAUACUAAUCUUGCUCUUAGGUCGUUAUACAUCAUGUCAUUGCUUAAGGUUUGCUAGUUCACCGUUGACUCGUCAUGUUGAGUGAGAGCAUUCCAGUCCUGCAGAACAUAAUCAUCUUGCAAAGCAGUAGUCUAAAAAACUCAGAGAAUGGUGCAGUGUUGGUGAACACUGGCUGAAAGAGAACCCUGUACCUACAUGUCUUCUGCUGAUACGUCAGAUCAUAAAGCCUGUGACUCUGUUCAAAGCUCCUAUCGCAUGAUAUGUGCCUGAGCCCCCUCUAUAACAGAAACAGUGCAGUUGAUCAACCUGAAUACAUGAGAAGGAUGAAAAACAACCUACCCUGUCCUUCAUGCGUUCAGGAGCAUUUAAGUUAUGUGCACGCUGUGUGUGUGCGCGCGCUGUGUGUGUGUGUGUGUAUGUGUGUGCGCAUCGCAGCCAUUCGUCCUGAUCAGUGCUGUCAUCUCCUCCAUCAACGUGUAUGUGAUGGUGCACCUUUGAAGGAGCAGCAUGUGGGAUCUUUGCUCUAAAAAUGAAAGUCAUGGUAGAGAAACAAAACAAUAGAAGAGGGGUUGGAUCUACUAACAAAAUUAUGGUGUUGCAUCAAAAAUCAAACCAAAAUCCCCAACUAUUGUUGAGCAGAGCUAACCGGAACAGCAGCUGCGUGCCCACCGUUGACGCUUUGCCGUGAAACCCACGGCAGAAUUUGGGAUCACAAAGAAGAGUGGUGUAUUUUCUGAAUGUUUUGUCUGUUACAAAAUAACUUCACGUCUGUAUAUGGAAAUGCCACAUAUUGCAUAAAAGUGGGCAUCAACGGGUCCUCCUUUGAUCAAAGCAACUGCCUGGCACAGGGUUGGCACAGAGGCGGUAAAGAGCUUGGAUGUUCUCUGUUGCCAAUCCAGAUGUCACACGCCUCAAAACUCUCAGGAGUUAAGCUGCUAUGUUCGGUCCUCUAACAUGGGGAAAUGCUCAAACAUAGUUGGGUUGAAAUGCAACAAUGCCACAGACUGCUAAUAAGGAUACUGGAGAGGAACCAGUGUUCUUUAUGCUAGCCUGUGUGCAACAACGGAGUGUAUAUCGCACUAGUUUAGGCACCAAUAGAUCCAAAUCGCGCUGUGAUAGUGAUGGAGGAUUGAGGUGGUAGCCUUGUACUCCUGAUACGUAAACUUCAUGCAAAUAUGUAGUUGGAUUUAUACAUUUAAACACACUUAUUUUGUAUCCAUGAACAUAAUCAAUUUGUACUUAUUUUUCUAGACAAGAACCAAGUGAACAGUACUAAGGGAGAUAAAAAAAGACUUAAACUAUAUCUAUAAUUACAACUACAUAUCAAAGGAUUUUGUUUUUGACUGUAUCAUCAUUUAUUUCACAUCAUACUAAAACAAAAGAUUAUUUUUUUACCUCCCCACUUGCCCCCUGUUUAACAAACUGCAUCACUCUGGAGCCAGUAAAGCUUAGACUAGCUUGCAUUGUGAAACCACCAUCUUCAGCCUGGCAGCUCAGCUCUGUUGAGUGCUUGUAGAAAUAGAUUAAGGCUCAUCUGGAGCUUCUUUCAGUUGCACAGAUGAGCCGCAUCUACUAAAUAAUGCGCCUACUACUAAGCAUCCCUAGCUGUGAACAUACAGACAGAACGAUAGGUGAAAAGGAAUUAUGUAUUGGGGGGGGUAAAUGUUGUAUUUAGACGGAGAGCAGAUCAGAGUGGUAAUAAUAAUAAUGAGACGAUCAUAGAGUUGCUCCCUCUGUGUGCAGGCCAGAACCGAAUGACCUUCAUUAGAUGUGUUUGACCUAAAUUAGGUCCCUAGUGCGGAGGAAGAGUGUGUACACUAAAGCACAGUGUGCUGGUGUUUUCCACAAAAUAUGAUUUUUAAUAGGACAGGGAGAUGCUGUCUGAUUAUUGCAGUGAUUCUCUUCUAUAGGCUGUAAAGGAAAAGUAAUUCUAAAAAAAAUAAAAUAAAAAAGAAUAUUUGGAAUAUGGAAAAGAACAUAAUAUUGUGCUAAAUAUGUUUGUGUAAAUUCAACCCAUUAUAUAAACCACAUUUCUUUUUCAAACAAAAUGAUCUGAGCUUCAAUGUACAUCUAUUGGGUGUGGUGCAACUAUACUGAAGCCUCAUACACAUUGUCCUGAAGUGAACUUUUGAACUGUGAUUACAUCGUCGUCACACUUUGUAGCAAAUAGAUUUCUUUUCAGAAAAUAUGUGAGUAAAAUGUAUGUAUAAUUGGGUUGUUAAUGGCAUACUUGCUAGCCUGAACAAUAAGGAUCUAUUAAUAUUUGAUAAUGGCAAUGACGCAUUAUACAUAGAAUCGACAAACUGAUUGUUAUGUUGAAAAAAAUAACACACACACAAAUGUGUAUCUUGAAAAUGAGAGACUCUGGAUUUUCUGUGGGAGAAUAUUCAAGUAGGAAAAGUCAGGCGGAAUUUGAUCUGGUUUAUCAGCCAUCACAAAGAUGGAAGGUAGCACCAAUUCAGCAGAGGUUAUCAAAAGAGAGAACAUCCUUAAUUUUCCUGUUUUUAUUACUUUGUGUUAUUACAGGGUUUACAUUCCAUUUUGUCAGCUUGUCAUCUGUCACAAUCUGUCACAACUGCUUCAUAUUUGUUUACAGAGUAUUUUAUGAGGUACUUAAACAUAGCGUUGUUCAAAAAUGAAACAGUACAUGCUGCAAACUGGCAUCAACAUGAACUCACAAAGUAAUGCACCAUUUGUUUUCAUCACACUUGAUUACUGUGCUUUUUCUACCUGAACCCUCAUUGUGCAACUCAUUCAGGCUGGCAUUAUUCACAACACUGGACUGAGAUGUCUUUCCUUCCUACACCUUGUCUUAUGUCUUUAUUAGAUGUUUUAGGUCUUUGCAUUGUAUACCUCUAAAGUUUUUAGAGUGUUUUUUGAAGUGCCAUGAAGAGUUUAGUUGAGCAAGCAUCCUUCAGUCAUUCAGGGACACAAGCUCGAUUUGAGGGAGCUGAGUCCAAGUGUUUUCCACUGUGAGAACGGUGUCUUGUACUGGGAUGGAGAACAUCCAAGCCAUCAUUGCCUCCAUACCAGUAUAGUGCCAGGCAGUGCAAGAGGUCAAGAGGAGGGCCCAUGUUAAGUCCCACUAUAGCGAAAAGUGGCAUUCAGGAGGCCUGAGCAGCAGCCGGGGCAGAUAGAUAGGAGCCCCGGUCAUUAAACCACACAUAACGUCUCCGCUAUGUGUUUGGUUACAGGCUAUCGGGUUGUGUCAUGCAGUGCAGUUACAUGUGGAUGACUGAAAGAUGCACAUAGAGGCACAUGCCUGUAACAUCAGAUGUGUUGUUGUCCACUGAACAAAUCAAAGACUACGAUGCGUCAAUAUGUUACUGUUAAAUUAUGUUGCAUUAUUUUUGUUAAUCUAUUUUUUGCUGUAAAGGAUGGAUAUAAUAACUUAUUUGCUGGGAAUUGUAGUAGAUAUAAUAGAUCAUAUAAUACUUAUGGGAAUGGGAGGUGGGUCUCAAGUCUUAACAAUACAUUAAAAUUGCAUUCAGCAAUUUUUUUUUUUUUUUAAAGAAGAGUUGCAAUUUUUGUUAAUUUCUUUUGGCUGCCUAUCAGUUCAGGAAGAAUUCAGGACAUUGCUCUUGCGUAUCACGGAUAGGAUUUGUUGGCACAUCGUCAUUGCAGCAAACAGGAGUUUGACAUAGCAGUCUAAUUAGUUUGGAUGUGUUCUAGAUGUGAUGGAUAAAUGGAUUAUUUGAUGGUGCUGAGUUGAUCUACCUGACUCUGUCAAAUAUAAUCUGCUGAUAAAUAUACUGUCUUGUACAAAAAGUUUGUACAUAGAUUGUACAUGGUUUCUUUUUGUAUUUUCUCAAAUUAAAAUGGAUGUAUUUGUGUUCUAA